AUGCCGUUGCCGAAGACGACGACCUCCACCGACAAUGACGAUGGCUGGCAGAAGGUUUCAGGCGACUGGUGGCGAAUCAAAUACUCUGCGGUGUCGUGGACGUAUUCACCAGAAGCCGGCGAGGAAGUCAUUCCCAUUCCCAAGCCCCGUUUCAGCAACGGGCUGUUUCUCUCGCAGCCUGUUGAGGAGAAGGGGCUCGAGGGAGACGAUGAAGACAGCCAGAAGCUGAAUGACCAUCUGGUCGGCCUUAAAGGCGCGCUUGACGCACUUGAGCCGUACGAGAUUGGCGUGGGGUUCUACUGGCCCGAGUCACCUCUAAACCGGGAACCGGAGAGUGAGAUUGGGCCGGAUAAAGCAAGGGUAGGGGGCCACGUUGUUGAUGCGAAGGAGCAAUGGGACGAGCUCGUCCAGGGCUUGACUGGUGGUCUGACCAUCACCACCGCUGGGCAACACGAAAUCGAUUCGGAUGAUGAGUCGGCCUUGAGUGUCCACCGAAGUACAUCUACCCACUCGAGUAUGGAUCUCACCGACUCUGAUCGCUCUGUUUCGUCAAUUCCUAUGCCUUCCACUCCACGCGCAAGGAGAAACUACCCCAGCAUCCAGGUCAAAACCGACUCGUCACCCAGCAGGAACUCUGAUCGUUCCAGGCUCAAUGCGGCUGCGAGCAUAUUUGUGCCUAGUCCUCCUAAGCCCAAACUUCCCCCCAGAGUGGAGCCGAUCUCGUUCCCGACAUUGAACAAAUCAUCUACUCCUCCCUUCAAUGCCACAUUUGUCUUCCCAUCCCUCGAUGUCCAAGUUCCGCCUGUCCCAUCCGUUAAGAUCACCAAGGAUGAGCAAGGCUUCUAUAGCGAGGCUGAGGCCCAGUCAACAACGGUUGUUCCCUCAUUUUUGCAAGGCGCUUUUACUCCCAAGCAACGACGCACACCUUCGUCCAAGACUAGGGCCAUAGUCGACAAGCUCAAAUCGAGUGUUUCCCAGCAACAAGAACAUGUAUCACGGCCUCCCCAGAUUCAACUCUCGUCGUUGGAGAAGCCCCGCUUAUCGACUUCUGAACAUGGUGGGGAUGUUCAUACACCACCUGCUGAAGAAGACUCAGAAGGCUGGAUUGGGGGCGAUGAUGUUACUAAACCCACUCCGGGCAAUCCCAAGACCAGACGGACCCGAGAACUCUUCCUUGCUCUCACUCGACGGCGCAGUAACUCCUCGCCAACGAAACCAACUUUAGUCGCUGACCCGCCUCUCAACGGUGACGAGAAAUCUGCUCCUGUUACUGUUGCCAUCCAACUUCCAUCGCCUGCCUCGACUUCUUCAUUAAACUCGAGUGACAAUGAUGGCUGGUUAGAGGGGUCUUCUACACCUGCGGUGGUUCACAAACCUCGCCCUCCAAAGAAAGCCAAACGGCCUUCCGCUUCCGGAAUUGUACCUGGAGGAGUACAAGGUGCCAACGGUUUUAUUCGGCCGAAUCAUCAUCCACCAGCUUACUUCUACCCGCCCGCACAACCUGUCGCUGUGCCCGUCCCAUAUGCUGCCGCGUAUAUGCACCAGAUGCAAUUCCUGCAGAUGCAACAGAUGCAACAACAUAUGCGACGAAUUUCCGCGCCGGUCGCUGUAGGUCGCUCGUCACGUGGGGCCAGCGUCGAUUGGUCAGCCGCUAACCAGUUUGCGGUUCCAAUCCCUGCCUAUCCCAUCCCAGUUGCCGUCCCCGUUCCACUGCACCAUCCGCCACCCGUAUACGUCCCACGCGCCUCUUGA